AUGGAUCAAAAUGGAAGAAUGCUUGAAAUCGGAGUGAGGAAGAAGGUGGAUGUUGACGAUUGGGACGUCAUGAGCGUCAGUUCUACAGAGACCAUCGAAGUGGCUAAUUGUUCGCAAAGGCUUCGUGGAUUUUUUCUUCGCAUUUUUCUUUCACUAAUUGUUAUCGGUGCCUGUGCUGGUGCAUUAGUUUGGUCAUUUGUGAAUGGUGAGGCAGGCAUCAACGUAGUUCACGAACGGAAUGCCUCGGUGAAUUUUUCAAUCUUAGUGGACGAAUAUUCAGUAAAAGAAGGUGUUUAUACCGUCAUUUACCGAACGCCUGACUCGAGCAUGGGCGGACUUCAAUAUAUCAAAGAAGUUGCUGAUCUUCAGACUCCGUUGGUAUACCCAUCGUUUUGGUACCAGGAUAAUACAAAUCAACGUCUAGUUCAUCAGGUGAGUGAAGACACAACCAUCUACGCAUUUCCCAAGUUCUCUUUUUGGGUUCGAUAUGGAGGAAGCGGAAAUAUCACUGAACAAACCCAUCAUCACAAGGAAGUAUUCAUAUACGAUGGCGAUCCGGACAACGUUAUACUGGAAGGAUCGUUACAGACGGCUUUCCUCCUCACGGCUUAUGCAGAUGCAGCAAAUGGAGCGCUCCUUGGAUGGGAUACUUACUUCACGUCUGUGACUUCGACGGAUCUGUACCAAACAUCAUACUGGUACGACAGUAUGUUGCCCGCUGCUCCAAAUACAACAUGGUUUGAUCCUCCCUCACUGUGCGAGCCAGGCGAUGCAACUUUGAAUAGAGUUCGCGAAUCAUAG